AGCUGCUUUGCCAUGUCUUGCGCUGGGCCAAUAGGAUGUGCAGCGCAUUUCUUGUUGGCCCACGACCAUUGCGCUUCGUCCAAAGCGCAUAGCGGACGGCCGAUGGGAUCAAAAGGUAUUGAAUGGAUAAAACACUUGCGCACGCUCAGUGAACAAUGGGCUCCAGAUCUCCCCAUCUCGAUCGCCGUGACAAAUGUCUCAAGCUACUGUCCAGCCAGCGCGAAGCCGCCGCCUGUUCCCCCUCUCGGUGGGCUGUACAUAAGGGUAGAUGCGCUCGCUGCUGAUCAGAUGCGCCCAUGGAUGAGGCGCGGCGUCUAUGGAAUCUCCGUGUUACGCCUUUUCAAACAGAGCUUCUCACUUGUCCGCCGGCACCAUCAGAACUAUACGUGGACAGCGUGGGAUCUUGCAGCAAAGAGAAGCGAAUGCCUCCCACAGUGGCAUCCGACGGUGAAAUUGACAAAACGAAGACAACCCCCCACAGCUAGGUUGAGUCCCCUCUCCCCCCGACCCUGCAUGACGAACGAGCUGCAAGCGCAUUUGCAUACAUGCGCAAGUACGUAG